GUCAGCGCGUCAUUGGCUCCUGUUUUCAUAGCUGAAUAACAUCAUGUCUGUCAAAAGCAUCAGAUCUAACUUUGCUCUUACGGUCGUCAUCUGUCUGGGAGUGGCCACUUUGGGUUUCUGUUCGAUUAUUCCGUUGGCGUCUUCAGUUACUAACGUCGUCGUUCAUCCGCUCUCCGUCAAGGGUCUGUCGUCAACAACAUGGGCUGUAUCAAAUGUGGAGAGAUCUUCGUUUGCCGAUUGCGGAGUGGCCAAUGAUGUCAAUCGGAUGGCCGACGGUAAGAUCGUCGGCGGAGUAGAAACGGCCCCCAACGAGUUCCCGUGGCAAGCCUACCUCCAGGUAGAAAUGGAAAGUGGCAAGAUCUACAGUUGCACAGGAAGUUUGGUGUCUGAACGAUGGAUUCUCACGGCGGCCGCCUGUGCGACAGUACCAAACGAAAAAACAAAGUCGAUCCUCGUCUACCUGGGAUUGCACAAUCGCUCGAGCUCAUCCACCGAAACGACUUGGAAAAUGUACGAGGGACAAGGACUAUUGCUUCACAGUGGAUGGGAUCCAAACCAGUUCGAUAACAACAUUGCUCUCGUCUAUCUCUAUACCGCCGUCACCUUUACCCAAUACAUCCGCCCAGUUUGUUUGGCCGCUCCCAACGGGCCGAGUUACGCCGGCGAUUAUGCCACCGUUGCCGGAUGGGGUAGAACUUCUGAUGGUUCUACUAGCAGUAGCCAGGUUCUCCGUAAAGUGACGGUUCCGGUCAUCUCCAAUUCCCUAUGCCAGUCGUACUACAGCGUCCCUAUUACGGAGAGUAUGAUGUGUACCAGUGGAGGAAAUAGUAACGGAAUAUGCGGGGGCGACAAUGGCGGGCCGUUGAAUUUAAAACAGCCGGAUGGAACGUGGAAACAGAUCGGGAUCGCUUCCUUCUGGUCGGCCGCAGGUUGCCAGAUGGGUUACCCUUCCGGCUACACAAGGUUGAGCUCCUAUUCGACGUGGGUCCAGCAAAUCAUCGCACCAGGGUCCGACUUUAGCACCACCCCUUUGAUGAUCCGGACGACGUUGACGACAACAAUUAAAACUACACCGACUGGCACUCCAACAACAACUCAAACUAUUUCCCAGUCGACAUCAACGAAAAGCCCAACAACGACGACGACUGAAACGACAACUGAGAAGACAACAACAACAACUACCGAGGCAACAACAACAACAAGUACCGAGGCAUCAAUUACCAACCCACCGGUAACAUUCAGCUGCGCUGUUAAAGCCAACGGCAACUACCCCAAUCCGGAAUCCAGAUGCUCUAACACAUUUUACACGUGCUCAAACGGAAACGCCUAUCUCUUCAACUGCGCUUCUACUUUGGUUUAUCGGGAGGAAAUUGACGUCUGCGAUUAUCCUUCCAACGUGGCCGGAUGCUAUUAGGAAUAACUGGAAGAUUGUGAUUUUAAAUUCUAAUGUAGUAGACUAGUAGUGUACUCAAUUGUCUUGGCUGUAAGUCAAGAUUGUGGACGGGCAGGUGCCAGCAGAGGUCCCUCUUGGUCAUAAAAUGUUUUAGUUGCACUUUGCUUGCCGUGUUCAAAAGUUCAAAUGUUUUCGAAUAAGAUGGUUUACCCACAGAAAAAGUUGUGAGGUACAAAAUAAAACAUGCCUGAUUUGUA